AGUUCAGAACCAGACAUUUUUCAUUAGUGGACCAAUUAAUUUUCACAACAAUAUUGUGUAUUAACUUUUACUGUUGCCAGGAUCCUUUGGGUGGUUAGAAUCUGAACUUGUGCCUGCCUAUGUGAAGAAGACAUCUGAAAGAAUUUGGCAUUAUGGGCACUGAUGGCGUAGCAUGCAACACCUCUCCCCCACUUCCAUCAAGAGACUGCUCACCAAUAUACAUAAGUUGAGUCUAUUUCAAGCCAAUCUAACCCUAGUACGGUGGCAUAUGCCUAUAAUCCCAGCACUGGGAAUUCUAAGGCAGGAAGAUUGAGAGCUCAAGGUCAGCAAGACCCUGACCAAAGAAAAAGCUAGAAUAAAACCAGCCCUACUAGUUUAUAAUCGAACAUCACACUAAAAUGAUUUUGAAAGGUUUUAAGGAACACUAGAAGAAUCCAGUUUAAAACAUGCACCUUGUUUCUCAGAAAGUGUUCCCCACCUUAUCUUAAUCUCUUAGCCAGGUUUGACUUGAGGAAGGAAAGUUGUGGAGCCGGCAGCCUGGGGAGAGAAUUCCUCUGAGGUGGUUUUCCUUAGGCACUGGAUUGGAAUGGCACCGGGGGAGGCCCCUCAUGUUUCCAUCAACUGGCAGAAACUAGAGAGUGGCCCUACUGCUUCACACUGGGAGCACAGACAGCUGGGUGAGAAAGAGCACGGCUCCUGCAGUGGGCAUUGUGGCCACCUCCAGUAGACCAACUCUGAUGAACCUUCUACCAACUCAGCCUGGAAUUUCAGGUGAAGCAACUUAGAAAGAGCUAAGAAAAGUGGAAGCCAUACUGGCUAGUCAGUCACGACACUGAAAAGGCUUAGAAGCUGCAAAGCCCCUCAGAGGUCCAGUGAUGUACAGCACCCCGGCCCCUCCAGAGGUCACAAGAAGGAACUCAGAGCCCAGCACUCGGCAGGGGACUCUUGGCAGCCUGCAGGGAGAGAAAGGCCAGAUCAUCUUCCCUGGCUUUGUCGUGCUCCUGACCAUCAUCCUGGUCAUCAUAGCUGCCUGUAUCCUGUGGAGCUGGAAGAAACAGAAGAAGCGGCCUGUUCCUUACUUCCAAGUAGCUCCAUCGUUGACUCUGCCUCCACCCAGACAUCGAGCCAAAAAUAUUUAUGACUUCUUGCCCCGGCAGCAGACAGAGCUGGGGAGACAUCAGUUGAGUGGUUUCAGUACCGAGAGCCUCCUCUCCAGAGCAUCUGACAGCCCUGAGCCUGAGGCCCCCCAAGCCAAUGGUUCCCUUCAGAUGCAUAGAGUGUCCGUUCAUACUGUGGAGUAUUCAGUAAACAUCUAUGACAAUGGCACAGUGCCCCAGAUGUGCAGGCACCUGGCCUCCUCAACACAUCAUGUCUGUGUCAGAACUUCCAGAAGUAACCCCAGCAUUUCUUCCAAGGAGUCAAAUGAUUAUGUCAAUAUCCCCACAGUAGAGGACACCUGUGAGACUCUAACUCGCAUAGAAAGCACUCCUGAAAAUCACCUUGGUCUUCCAAGUGCCCUGCGGCUGGAGUUUGCUGAAGGAGGGCAUGCAGGCUGUGGGAAUGCCACGGACCACGAUGGUUUUUGGGCUCCAGGACCCAAGUGCAGUGAUUCACUCAGCGACGGAGACGAUUUAUCUCAGACUUCAAAUGACUACGUCAAUAUGACAGGGUUGGAUCUUGAGAACAUCCAAGAGAAUCGACCCAGGGGAGCUUUUCAGUGCUGCAGAGAUUAUGAAAAUGUCCCAUGGGUAGAUACCAAUGAGAGCCAGCUGCCGACUCUGGAAGAAGUGGCAUCGUCAACUGUAGACCACAGGGAACCUGUCUGGAGGACCCUCUCUUCAGUGUAUCAUAUGGCAUUUCAGCCGUCGGCACAGAGUGAGGACAGUGCCAUGGUCCAUAGAGAAGAGCAGUCAAGCGAAGACUCCAGUGACUAUGAGACUGUGCUGGUUGCUGAGUUAGAAGGCAGGGACUGGAAGCAGGGACCUGGUACUCAGCAUCCUUCUGAUGAAGGAACACCAGGCGACCUAGCUGGAAAGCUCUGUGAGGUGGUCUACCCUGCUGGGUCUUUAGCCACCGAAACAUCUGAUGAAGAUGCCUGAAUGCCCUAGCAUCUCGGGACUCACUUGCUGAGGGGAAGGAGGCCAAGAGGAACUGGGCACUAGCAGGCUUCCCCAAAGCAAAAGUUUAGGAAGUCCAGAGAAUCCUUCCUGAGCAAGAUUGCUGUUAGCUCUCAGGCCAACUGAAGAAAGUUAGCGACACUAUGUUAUGGGGAUGUUGGGGAUAAAAAGGCACAUAGCACUUAGAGUGGAAGCAUGACGUGAUAGAAAGUAAUCAGGGUCACAAACUCCAGCUGGCUACCAAGCAGCUGUGGCCCCGGGCAGGCCAAAAGGAGGAUCAGGCUGGGGUAGUGGGAGAUUUCCAGCUUGAGAAGAGCUGGUGAGGGUGUAGAACGACAGGAGCCCUGUUGAUGCUGGUGGAUUACAGAUCAGAUACCUGCCGUUGGAGCCGUCCAUCUCACCCUUAGGAUGUGAAACUACUUUCAAUGUGUACAAAUAAGUUAGUCUAUUGUAGAUAAGGAGGGGCAGGUUCCCUUUAAGCUGUUUUUACUUUAUUAACCUGAGUGAUAUAUGGUCACUUUCUUUUUUUUUAAACUUUUGAUUCUCUGUGAAUUUCACAUCAUGUACCCCAAUCUCAUUCAUCUCCCCAUGCCUUUCUAUCUGCCCUCCACCCUUGCAAUCUCCCUCAGCAAAAGAAAAUAAAAAUAAAUUAAUUAAAUUAAAAAAAAACCACCUCGUUCUGGUUCCACAGUAUACCCC